AUAUCCAAAAUGACAUUUCACCAAACAGAAGCAAGGACGUACAAAAAUUGUUUGCACGAGUGAGAUUGCGUCUUCUGUAGACGCAGACAAGGUGGUAGAUGAUAAAAAUUGUUAGUUGGUGGGCGAAGUGGUGACGAAAGGUUGUGAAUGUUAAAAAAAUUACGAUAUGGCUCAGACGCUAAAUAGUGCAUACGAAAAGGUUCCUGUUAUAGAUACUGGCGAAAGUGAAACAAAACCGAUUAAGGACGAAGAACCGUCCUAUGGAUAUGGUGUACGACAUGUCCAGUCCUUACUCUUCUUCACAAGUCUCCUAAUAGGAUACUUAGCGAGGGCUCAUCUUGGAGUCAGCAUAGUAGCUAUGACUUAUUACGUACCUAGUAUCAAUGAUAAUACUUCUAUCGAUCUUCGCAAUAUAACGUUACAUUUAGAUAGAAAUACAACAAGUGAUGAUAAUUACACCAGUAUUUAUGAUACUAGUGAAGAUAUUAAUCAUGUAGCCAAUAAUAACAGCGAAAAUAUAUUUGAAGAAAUGGAAAAUGUUACAAGUGAUGAAUAUGGCAUUUACAAGAAAUACAUUUGGUCCAAGCCAGUUCAAGAAAUGAUUCUGAUAUCGUUUUUCCUGGGAUACUGCAUCAUGCAAUACGGGAUGAGCAUGAUAGCCCAGCGCUGGGGAGGCAAGUUGCCGCUGCAAAUUGGACUGUUUGUCAACGGGUUGGCGUCUAUUGUUACUCCGUGGUUUGCUUUUUGGGGAGGUUGGAAGGCAGUCUGCGCAUGCCGAAUUCUUCAAGGCAUGUCUCAAGGAGGCUUCUACCCAUCAAUACAAACUUUAUUGGCCCAGUGGGUGCCGCCGAAGGAAUUAGCUAGACUAAGCAGUUUUGUCUACACUGGACCAGUCCUAGGCACCAUCAUAGCCUUCCAACUAGGUGGGGUCUUGUCUGCUAGUCCCUGGGGGUGGCCUAGCAUUUUCUGGGGCACUGGCAUACUGUGUCUAUUGGCUUUUGUAAUGCUAACGGUCUUUGGAGCAGCUACUCCUCAUGAGCAUAAAACGAUAUCCGAAGAAGAAAGAAGAUUCAUAACUCACACGAUGAGUAAUAUUAGUAAAAAGAAACCAAGCGUGCCAUUAAAGGCGGCUCUAAGUUCGAAGCACACGUGGGCUCUGUUCACCACACACAUCGGGAGUCAGGGCGCGUACAUGUUCGUCUUCAUGCAAGUGCCCUCUUAUAUCCACUAUUCCUUGGGCGUCAAUGUCAAAGAUAGCGGACUGUUUUCGUCCCUGCCUUACGUGGCAGGGUUCUUCACGUCCAUAUUUUAUGGCGUUCUGUCGGAUUUUCUCACCAACAGGAAUAUUCUUAGCGUGAAAAAUGCCAGGAGAACAUUUAAUACAAUCUCUACAGUCGGCACCGCUGUGUGCUUGGUGGCAGUUUCAUACACCGAGGACGUUAGUCUCGCUGUGCUAUUGCUUGUGGUACAGCAGGCUACACAUGUCGGGAUACACUCCGGGUGGAUGGUAAACUACAUAGAUUUAACGUCUAAUUUUAGCGGUGCUAUUCUUGCUUUUGGGAACACUUUGACACAUGUGUUUGCGUUGGGUCUUCCCGUACUGGUUUCCAAUAUCGUCGUCGAUGUGUCAAAUCGAACUCAAUGGCGGGUGAUGUUCUACCUGAUGGCAGGGUUCGCUCUCGUCACCAACGCCAUCUUCGUGGCAUUCAUGUCUGCGGAGAGACAGCCGUGGGAUGACACGCACUAUCAGAAAACAGAAGCCGACGAAACAGUUGUGGAGAAAUGCGGUGAAGCUGAUAGUGAUGAUCACAGUUAAUUUACAGAAAU